AUGUGUGCUCAAAUAUUGAAGGGAAUCAGUAAGUUUAAUCGUUUUUACAUUUGUCUUGCAUUGAAUAUAAGAUGCCAGCCAUUGUUUUCAUCAGAACGUCCAUUUGCAUUUUAUGCACAAGAGGGAGCCUCUCUUUCUGAGAAGGCCAGAAAAGUGCGCUCCUUGUGGUCGGACAUUGAUGGAAUGCUGUCGGCCACCAAAGAGGAGCAGAAUGUGGUGGAAAGUGUUUUAAAGGGAGAUGUAGAUCAAUACAUCCUGGACGGGACGGAUCAGGUCCUCAAGAUUCCUCGCAGUCUGCUGGAGAGAAUUGAACAGCUCCCUCAUCAGUUGAGUUCAGGGAAUGUGUACGAGGCGGGUCAGCUGAACAUCCUGAGUGUGUUUGAGCUGACGAACCACGCGCUGCAGCUCCUGAGAGAAGAGCGCUGUCUGGUCUCUGAGGCCCCCAAACCUCAGCUCAGUCCUCAGCAGCUGCAGGUGAAAUGUCAGCAGAUGGCCCGUGCACUGCAGAACCUCCACCUCAUCAGACAGAGGUUUUCCAAGGAAGAAAUUCCUGAGGUCAGGAGCGCCAUUGGAGAGUUGGAGGCUGCAUGGGACAGGAAGUGGAUGGAUACGCUCAAAGACACACCGCUUGUCUCUUUUCUGAAUGAAGAUCCUGCCCUUGGCUUCCUCUCACCAAUGGCUCCACUGUCUUUUGAACCGGCCGCUGACGCUAGCUACAGAAGUAGCAUCUUCUCACAGUACCCUGCAUCCCUUCUUGAGAAACCUGCAGAGAGUAAACCACAGGAAGUCCUCCUCCCUAGUUAUUCUAAACCGAUGAGAUACCUGGGCAGUGCUGAGCCGUGCUCUGUUUUUAUUACAAUGACUUGCAAUAUCUUUUUAUUAUUGUUUUUGUUUACUCGUGUAAUUGGGCUUCCAUAUAAAGUUCUGGAUGUGAAGAACUCCUGGCGUAAGGCAGUUGCGGAGGACAAAGCUGAGAAGAUGGAGCGGAUAACAAAGUUUAACGACAGCGUUAAAAGUUUGCACACACCCCUCCACGAGAACAUUGAAGUGCAGAGCCAGAAGGGAAUCUCGCUCAAAUCUUCCCUGCUGUGGGACACCUUCGACACCGAGGCCCUGGACAGCCUGAGCGGCACGGGCAGCAGCGCCGUCCAGUUCAGCCUCGAUCAGGAGACGCUCCCAGAAAUGCCGAGCUACGAUAGCCUGCUGAGCCUCGACGAUGAAGCGGUGGAUAUGAACUCCUGGCGUAAGGCAGUUGAGGAGGACAAAGCUGAGAAGAUGGAGCAGAUAACAAAGUUUAACGACGGCGUUAAAAGUUUGCUCACACCCCUCCAGGAGAACAUUGAAGUGCAGAGCCAGAAGGGAGUCUCGCUCAAAUCUUCCCUGCUGUGGGACACCUUCGACACCGAGGCCCUGGACAGCCUGAGCGGCACGGGCAGCAGCGCCGUCCAGUUCAGCCUAGAUCAAGAAACGCUCCCAGAAAUGCCGAGCUACGAUAGCCUGCUGAGCCUCGACUGCGAUGAAGCGGUGGAUAUGACGAGUGAGGAUGAUGAUGAUGAGGAGCUGCUGAUUCCCUCCCUGAAGACGGAGGAGAAGCAAACCCCACUCACCACACAUCCUCUGGGCCGGAUCCAGCAGGCGUGCAGCGAUGGCUCCUAUAUAAGCAGGCAGAGGACAGCAGAGUGUCUUCUGACGGAUCACACAGCUUCUGGUUUGGACAGAGACUGGCUGAUGGAGCCUGUGAGUUCAGUGGAGGCCACAGCAAAGGUCUUCUCACUGGAUUUAGACACUCUGAAGACUCCUUCCCCAUUAAAGAAGCAGGAGUAUAGCCUCCCAAAACUGAUCACUUUCUCCCCGAUGGAUGACAUGAAGUGAAUUGUAAAGUGUGCUAUAAAUAGCUGUAAAGUAACCUACUUGGUUGCCAUUUAAAUUACUUUUCUGUGUUUUUAAGGUAAGACAUUAACUGCUUUAAUAAAAUUGUAAAAUAUGUCUCUUGUGUGUAAAUAUCCAUGGUUAUUUUUAGUAUUGUUUGUCUGCAGGGAAACAUUAACAUCUUGUAAUUUCCAAGAUAUGUUUGUCCAUUAAACUAUUGAUAAAGAUA